AUGGCUAGCCAAGGUACUCGCUUCGGUAAUUACGAUAUCCAUUUCUUUGAGGGACAAGACGAGGUAGACUCCGACGGAGUCUUGGUCAUCAACAAGAGCAACAGAGACAGAUCUAGUCACCCAGACUUCUUGCCUACCUGGGACCCUAAGCAAAAGUACCCACCUUUAAAGUUCUUCAAGCACGAAGACCCAGGUAGAAGAGCUGAUACCUCUUUCCCAAACUUGUUCCCCAAGGAAGGAGACUACUCUAUCAAGAAGGUUACUCCUAAGUUCGGUUCCCUGGUCACUGGUGUUCAAUUGUCUCAGUUAGACUCUGCUGGUAAGGAUGAAUUGGCCCUCUUGGUCGCUCAAAGAGGUGUUGUCAUCUUCAGAGAACAAGACUUUGCCGACAAGGGUCCAGCUUUCGCAGUUGAAUACGGUAAACACUUCGGAAGAUUGCACAUCCACCCAACAUCUGGUGCUCCAAGAAACCACCCAGAGUUGCACAUCACCUACAGAAGACCAGACAAGGGUGAGUUUGAAAGAGUUUUCUCCAACAGAACCAACAACGUUGGAUGGCACUCGGACGUUUCGUACGAAUUGCAACCACCAGGAACCACUUUCUUCUCAGUAAUUGAAGGUCCAGAAUCUGGUGGUGACACCAUUUUUGCUGACACCGUCGAAGCCUACAACAGAUUGUCGCCAGAGUUCCAAAAGAGAUUGGCCGGCUUACAUGUGUUGCACACUUCUAAGGAUCAAGCCUCUAACUCCAGAGGUCAAGGUGGAAUUGAAAGAAGAAAGCCAGUUUCAAACAUCCAUCCAUUGAUCAGAACCCACCCAGUCACCGGUGAAAAGGCUAUCUUCUUGAACAAGCCCUUCGCCAGAAAGAUUGUUGAAUUGAAGGAAGAAGAAUCCGAGUACUUGCUUAAGUUCUUGUUUGACCACAUUGAAUCUUCCCACGAUUUACAAUUAAGAGCCAACUGGGAACCAAACUCGGUUGUUUUGUGGGAUAACAGAAGAACUGUUCAUUCAGCCAUCAUUGAUUGGGACACCCCUGUUCACAGACAUGCCUUCAGAAUCACUCCACAAGCUGAAAGACCAGUCGAAGACUUGAACGACUUGAACAAGGAAGAGUAUGAUGUUGGGGACUUAGAAGAAGCAUUGAAGUCCGUUACUGCUUGA